UCGUGCCCAAGGAGUCUCGGAUGAGGAAGUCAAUGACGCUGUCACCCACCCUGGCUAAGUCAUCUCCCUAAUCUUGGGUCUUGCAUGGUUCAUGGUGGAGGUGCAGCAGCCAUGAAGCUGAUGAGGCUACACUGUGUGGUGGAUCCCAUGGGCUGGCUGUGCAUCAGCCUGGUGUUCGGCGUCUGGCUCUACAACUCCUUGUUCAUUCCAAAGCUGGUACUGCUGCCGCACUACAAAGAGGGACACAUUCCCUGGGCUGUGGUUGUCAGUUACUACACCGCCUCCGCAUUUUGCUUCGCCGCCCUAGUCAGAGCUUCCACAGCGGAUCCUGGACGCCUUCCCGUUAACCCGGAUAUACCUCACUCUGAGCGACAGCACUGGGAAUUAUGCAGCAAGUGCAACCUGAUGAGGCCCAGGAGGUCUCAUCAUUGCAGUCGCUGCGGCCACUGUGUGCGCCGGAUGGACCACCACUGCCCCUGGAUCAAUAACUGUGUGGGGGAAGACAACCACUGGCUCUUUCUGCAGCUCUGCUUCUACACCAUGGUGCUCAGUUUCUUCACUCUGGUGCUGGACUUCUGCCAGUACUACUACUUCCAGCCUCUCACUCAACUAGACCAGGAGAGGUUUACAACGCAGCACGAACUGGCUCUACUGCGACUUUCAGCGCUCAUGGGUGUGGUCAUGUUCGGCGGCAUGUCAGCCUUGUUUUAUUCUCAGCUGGCAGGAAUCCUGUCGGACACCACCACCUUAGAGCAAAUGGCCCUCACAUCAAGUGAAAUCGACAGCCACGGGAGACCCUGGCAGCUGGCCCUGGCCGAAGCGUGCGGCACCCACUGGAAAGCGCUGUGGUUCGUCCCGCUCCGAAGCAGACGGGCGCUCAAACAAGUUAGCAGCAGCCUGUUUCGAACACACGUGUAGCCUACCUGCACACAUGGUAGGUGAGGAUUACAACCACAAUAGCCGCACAAAGACUCUGCGAACAGUACGGUAACAUCACAUGUACUCCAAAUGGUAUGUUCAGUUUUAUCGGUACGUGUUUCCCACACAGCACACGUGUAGAGAUGGGCAACGGGGCAACAGCUGGAACUAUUGAUGCUGCCCUUCAGACCAGAAGAAACUCUCAUUUACUCAAAAUAGAACAAAAAUACACAUUGUUGAAACUAUUACUGUGGCAAUUGCCCAAAAAGAAAUGCUGUUAUGUAGGGGCGUCCAAAGCGCGUUGCGGGGGACAUUUUUGGCUUGUUUGUUAUUGGCCAUUUGCUUGUUUUUAAAAAAAAAAAAAGUAUUAUUAAUGACACAUAUCAUUCGAUAUCACACUGAUUUGUUUUGUCACCUAUACCACAAAGCUAAUAUGUUUUGUUCAGAUAGGUUAGCAUGUAUUGACCAAAGUGCCCCCCCCGCAUCUGUAAAAUGUAUCUUUAUUUAAUGUAUUAAUUGGCAAAUGUUAUUCAUUGGAGAAUUUCCUGUUUCAAGUCUUUUAAAGGGGACCUAUUGUGAUUAUGAUCUACAUUUAACACACCUCUUUGUGGCCUAGACCAGGGAUUCUCAAACUUUGGUACGUACGCGGGCUCCAUCUCGCGGUACGCCAAAGAAUCACUUAAUCAAAUAUUGUAAUGAGGUGACUCGAGCCGUUAUCUAAGGUUUAUCAGUCUUCAAUGGAAGUUGCUACAAUCGGACUACUGCAGGCCGUAGUCGACGCCAAAAUAAGCAAUUAAGGGCCUACUGAAAUGAAUUUUUUUAAUUUAAACGGGGAUAGCAGAUCCAUUCUAUGUGUCAUAUUUGAUAAUUUCGCGAUAUUGCCAUAUUUUUGCUGAAAGGAUUUAGUAUAGAACAACGACGAUAAAGUUCCCAACUUUUGGUCACUGAUUAAAAAAAGCCUUGCCUAUACCGGAAGUAGCGUGACGUCACAGGCUGGAGGGCUGCUCACAUUUCCCCAUUGUUUACACCAGCAGGGAGAGAGAUUCGGACCGAGAAAGCGACGAUUACCCCAUUAAUUUGAGCCAGGAUGAAAGAUUUGUGGAUGAGGAACUUGAGAGUGAAGGACUAGAAUGCAGUGCAGGACGUAUCUUUUUUCGCUCUGACCGUAACUUAGGUACAAGGGUUCAUUGGAUUCCACACUUUCUCCUUUUUCUAUUGUGGAUCACGGAUUUGUAUUUUAAACCACCUCGGAUACUAUAUCCUCUUGAAAAUGAGAGUCGAGAACGCGAAAUGGACAUUCACAGUGACUUUUAUCUCCACGACAAUACAUCGGCGAAGCUCUUUAGCUACUGAGCUAACGUGAUAGCAUCGGGCUCAAAUGCAUAUAGAAACAAAAUAAAUAAACCCCUGACUGGAAGGAUAGACAGAAGAUCAACAAUACUAUUAAACCAUGGACAUGUAAAUACACGGUUAAUAAUUUCCAGCUUGGCGAAGCUUAACAAUGCUGUUGCUAACGACGCCAUUGAAGCUAACUUAGCUACGGGAUGGCGGCGGCGGCGGGCCUUGUAGCUUUCGACGACACCCCGGCCGCCAUCAGAGUCGGCAAGAAACAUAUAUUUCCCCAAAGUUACGUACGUGACAUGCACAUAGCGACCCGCACGUACGGGCAAGCGAUCACAUGUUUGGAAGCCAAAGCUGUACUCACGGUAGCGCGUCUGCUAUCCAACUCAAAGUCCUCCUUGUUGUGUUGCUGUAGUCCGCCGCUAAUACACUGAUCGCACCUACAGCUUUCUUCUUUGCAGUCUCCAUUGUUCAUUAAACAAAUUGCAAAAGAUUCACCGACACAGAAUUUUGGGAUGAAAACAGAGCGUUUUGUAUUGGAUUCAAUGGGUCCGAAUACUUCCGUACCAACCAUUGACGUCACGCGCAUACGUCAUCAUACAUAAACGUUUUCAACCGGAAGUGUGGCGGGAAAUUUAAAAUUGCACUUUAUAAGUUAACCCGGCCGUAUUGGCAUGUGUUGCAAUGUUAAGAUUUCAUCAUUGAUAUAUAAACUAUCAGACUGCGUGGUCGGUAGUAGUGGGUUUCAGUAGGCCUUUAAGACACAAAGAGAACCAUCCUACUCUGUCUGUGGGAAUAGUAUACUUGUUAAGUAGAACCGCUGCCUUGUUUUUAAUGAAUACUUAGGCCUACUAUGCUACUGUAUGUUGGUUAUUAUGGUGGUAAAACAUUUUAAGCUUUGGCAUUGUUAACACUCGUAUUCAACGUUGUACUACAUCCGUCCAUUUUCUACCGCUUGUCCUAUCUCAGCUGCAUUCAUUUAUAUCAUAAUAGGUCCUCUUUGAAGUUGUUCAUCCAAAAGAUCAGCUGUUUUGCAAUUGGCUCCCUUACGGUAUUCAAAAUGAACCAAAUCGUGACCUUAAAACCGAGGCAUGUACCGAAUCGUGAAUAUGGUACUGUUACACCCCUGGUCAAAAAACAACACUUUUACUUGUGUUGCUUUAACUCACUGUGAAUGAAAAGGCACUUUUUCUGUGCUGAAAUAGAUGCUAGUUGCAACCCUAAAGCGAGAGGAAACCCUCUCAGAUUCAUUUAUUAGAAGGAGCUUUUGUGUUUGUCACUUGUUGAUUAGGCUCAAUCAAAUGAAGAAAAAAAAGCCUUUUGGUGCCUUGUUUUUUUGUAUGUUAUUGUUUAAUUUUCUCUUUUGGAAAAGUGGAAUUACAUGCAGGAUUUUUCCUAUGUCUUUUACGGCUCACUUGAAAUGGAAAAAAAACAAAUGUAAAUGGGCCAAAGCUAGCAGCUAGUUUGCUUAGUUUAGCCAAGAAAACAAACAAGGAGCUCGCUAGCAGUCUGGCUAUGCUAAAUAAAAACCCUCUCCCCUUGCAAAAAAAACCUUCCCAUUUAAUUAAUUGGCCCAAACUCCGAAAGCACUCUUUUUUAAAACUACAUUUUACACACAGGUUUAGUUUUCACUGCCAAACUAAGCUGCUGCUUUGACAUUUCCCCCCCCCAACAUUUAAGAAAACAAAUUGCCCAAAAUGUUUAUUUAUUUUUGUUAUGGCUUUGAUCUCUUCUGCAAAUGUCACAUUUUGAUUUUUAGAUAGUUUUAGUGAGUUUUCAAUAGCAUAUGUAAGGCGCAAAAUAUACUUGUUGUUUUGUGCCUGGUAAGUUGCACUACCAUACUCAUCAAACUUCCUUUUGUUGGCCAAAGAAUUCUUGCAAUAGAGUUAAAAAAGUAUACGAAUAUAUACUUUUUGAAAUAUAUAUAUGUAUAGAAGUAUAUGCAUUGUCUACUCUACUGUGUCACUUGACACACAUUUACUUGAAUUUGCUUUUUUGUAUUCCAUUUUUUGUUAUCUUUAAAAAAAAAAAGUGAUUUAAGGUUUAUAUUUUGUAUUUAACAGUUGCGGUGUAAUGAUGUGAUUGGGUUUUAAAUUAUAUUUUUUUUACAAUUACAUUUUGAUUUAUCUUGCAACUUCUUUACCUCUGUUGUAAUUUGAACACCUGGGGCUAUUAAUAACGCACCACGGUGUUGGUUUUUGAUCACUUUUAGGAAUAUAUUUAUGUGACUUUUGCUGGAUUUUCACCUGGAAACAUUGAGCACUCCGUUUUGUAAAAGCAAGUUGAUUAUAUGCAAAUAUAUUGAUUUUUGUAUGUGUGGCCUAUUGCAAAGUGUCUUUUUAAUUCUAUACUUUGUUAGACUACGAAUCAAUCAAUCAAUGUUUAUUUAUAUAGCCCUAAAUCACAAGUGUCUCAAAGGGCUGCAUAAGCCACAACGACAUCCUCGGUACAGAGCCCACAUACGGGCGAGGAAAAAUGAUGUCACACAUUUUUAUAUAUAUAUUUGUUUUUUCUGGUUAGGAAUUACAUUCAAUGGAAAACUAAAUUAUGACAACGACAUUUGAUGAGUGUAUAUGUGUUUAUCAGCUCUAAAAUUAGGAAAAAUUAUACAGUGGAUUCAAGUCUAGCCUCAAUUUGUUUUCUCUGCAUUACAUUGUAAAUAGUUAAUAUUUUUUCUUUGGUUACUUCAAUAGAACGUGCUUUAAUGGCAAGAAGCGAAGAGAGCGACAGUAUUAAUCACAUGUUUUACAAGUCCAUUAACUCAAGAUUAUCCAAUAGAAAUAUACUUUGACAAGAUGUGAUGUUUUGUAUGCCUGUAAUUGUUUGACAUUUUAAAAACUUUUAAUAACUGUGAGAAGCAUACUCUAGACUCGGGGCUUGAGUAAAAAUAGUCCUGUGUAGGGCUUUUUAUAGGUUUCGCCAUUCAAUUGUGGAACCUUAUAAUGUAAUAACUCUAAGGGAAACUUUCAAAAUUUUGCCAAGUAUUUACUACCAACUUAAGCAACUUUAUUAUUAUUGUAAGUAUGUAUUAUUGUAUCCUAUUUUUUUCCAGAUGCAUCAUUUUAUAUGUUAUUUUUUUCCAAUUAGUUUUGUCUCAAUACAAGAUGAAGUAAGCACUGAAAACGCUAUGUUUUUUUUAGAUUGUAAUCUGCGAAUAAUGCUGAUUUAAGAUGCCAAGCGGCGGUUCCAUUGUCCCGGAGAGAUGUUAAGUAUCAGUGAGGCGUGUGUAAUGUGUGCAUAGCCGUGAACAUAAUCGACAUGCGUCGUCUCUGAAAGCAACUCGGUAAGAUGGAAGGAGCGGACUAACUUGACAUCCAGGAUGCACAUUAGCGACGACACAACAAGACACACUCUGUGCAAUUUUCAAGUCAAAGCAUACGUUUGGAAAAAAAAAAAAGUAUGAAUGAGUUGAUUGUAGAUUCAAGACUUCUAAAGCAGGUCUUAAUCUGCAGUAAUGAAAUGAGUGGCCACCUGCCAAUUGUACCGUCUGUGACAUCUGGCUGAACAAAAGACAUUAUUAGCCUUCAUGCUAACUCCGUACACGCGUGUACCUGUCUCGCCCAGACAUGGAUUAAGUCUUAAGAAGUAUUAUCUGUGUUGUUAUUAUUAUUAUUAUUAAUAUUACUACACGGUGCAUUUUCAGCUUUUUGUCCAUAUGGGAUGUUGUGUGGCGUCAUGCUGAGCUCGGUUGUCCUUUUUGGUAAAGCAUACGUCUGCCUGCCACGGUCUGAUUGGUGCCAUUUUUUUUACAAGUCUUUUCUAAAAGACAAAUUCCAUAUAAAUACAGUUGUCAAUGCUCACAUAUGAGGCAUGUUUCCAUGUGUUGAAUCAGCCCACGUGGGGUUUUCCAUUCCCACACAGGUUAUUGAUUGGCCUAUUGAUUUUCAAAUAAGCUCUCUUUGUAGAAAGUAGAAAUCCAAUUAAAGGUUGAACGUCAAAUGCCUAAUCCCAUCAAGACGAUGAAUCGUAUCGAUCGAUUCGUAGCGGAAAAAAGUUUGCUUUUCGACUCCUUGUAGUUUGUUGUUAUAGUGAUACAGAUCAGUGUAGUAACGAGGGGAUUUCCUGCCACAUGCAGUAAUGUAACAACUCCAAGCAACAGUUAUUUCCUCUUUUACUGUAAAAAUGUAGUCAUUUAUUAGCUCUGUUAUAUUAAAAAAGACAAACAUCUCGGGCAGGGGUGUCAAAUGUACGGCCGUAUCAGGCCCGCAAACAGGUUUAAUCCGGCCCGCAAGAUGAGUUUGCAAAGUAUAAAAAUUAGCUGCAAUUUUUUCAUGAAAGAAACCGCUGUUCUAAGUGUGUCCACUGGAUGUCGCAAUAGCAAUUCCGGUGUAACCCUGGGGCGGUAUAGCUCGGUUGAUAGAGUGGGCGUGCCAGCAACUUGAGGGUUCCAGGUUCGAUCCCCGCUUCUGCCAACCUAGUCACUGCUGUUGUGUCCUUGGACAAGACACUUUACCCACCUGCUCCCAGUGCCACCCACACUGGUUUAAAAAUGUAACUUAGAUAUUGGGUUUCACAAUGUAAAGUGCUUUGAGUCACUAGAGAAAAGCGCUAUAUAAAUAGAAUUCACUUCACUUCACUUCACAACUCUCAUCACACUGUUUAAAGAUGUUGUGUCAGCUGACUUUAAAACACCCUCUGGGUUGGCCUCCACUACUCCAAUCAGCGCAGGUGCAAGCAAACAACUGUUCCUCUUGUGCGUCCCACUGUCGCACAAUACCUUUUCUAUUGUCAAUUAUUCACUUAAUGGAUAAAAUACGAAACGGCAAAAUGCAGAGACUUAAGUCGAUUUGACCAUCAUCUUUGUAGUUAAAAUUCCGUGCAGCGCUCGCAAUUUGUUGAGGGCACGAUGUGAACCCUGAACUCUAUUGUAAAAAAUGUGUGUUUCUACAUUUGUUGUGAUUGUUCUAUUCUAUUUUCUGCUUAAAUCUACCAUGUACACAUCGGUUAAGUUUGUAGUUAUGUUACCUGUGUUGUCAUUUUGAUCAUUGUUUUGUUCAUAUUAUGAUUGUAAUAUUUGAACGAUGACAAAUUAAUGAGUGUGUUGUGGCACUUGCGGAUGUCACUAAAACGGCGGUUUGAGGAAACACCUCAAAAUGCUUUUCUAAACACGUUUUUAUUUGUGAGCUGCCAACAUGAGAAUGCUGAACAGGAAGUGCUUAAAGUUUAAUGCCUUUGUAAAUACACUGAGACAAAGUCUAAGUUCAUUGUGUUCUUCAUGGGGUUUUUGAAACGGCUCCAAUUUUUUCCUCAGAAUUUUCAACUAACUUGAAGUGUUUUGCCAAGAGGAUUAUUUGUAAUGUGAACAUUUUCAGAUAGUGCGUGUUCUAUUUUUGUCCGAAGUAACACAAAGAAAACAAAUUCAAAGUUGUCUUUAUUUUUAAAUUAUAAUGCCACUAUUUUACCAGCUAAAAUGAGUUUGGCACCCCUGAUCUAGGGCCUUGUGCACAGAGAAUUGCCAAGUGAGCAAAAUAAGGAGCACAAUCCAUGAAUAUGCAGAAUAUAUGCUGAUUACCAGAACACCCACAAUAUUGGUAGGAGAAAAUGCAAAUAUAAUUACUUACCACACAGUGUGAUUUAUCAAGACAAAAAUUGUACUACUUGAGCUGUUUGCGUUUUUAUUUAUGUGAGAAAAAUACCA